AUGACUGCUCACAGGUCGUCGCCUUCGCCCAGCAUGGAAGUUAACGACCAGAAAGACUUGGGCAACCAGCCUGAGCAUAUCGAAUCAUCCAGCCAGACGAUUACAUGGACGGAAGAGGAAGAGAAGGCGCUCGUCAGAAAAAUUGACCUUUUCUUGAUGCCGACUAUAUGGCUUAUGUAUCUGCUAUCCUACAUGGAUAGAACCAACAUUGGAAAUGCUAAGAUUGCCGGCAUGGCUGAUGAUCUCAGCCUUUCAUCUUCCCAAUACAGUGUUGUCUUGGUUGUGUUCUUCAUUGGUUACGUCCUGUUCGAGCCGCCUUCCAACAUGAUACUCGUCCGAACCCGUCCGUCGCUCUACCUACCAUUCAUCAUGGCUCUUUGGGGUGUCCUCACAUGCAUCAUGGCUGUUGUCAAACACUACCAUCAUCUUAUCGUUCUCCGAGUUUUCGUCGGUAUAAUGGAGUCAGGAUUUGCGCCAGGCAUCCUACUCAUCAUCUCGUCAUGGUAUAGACGUGCGGAACAAUCGAGAAGAUUCGCUGUAUUCAUGUCCGCGGCUAUCUUGUCCGGCGCUUUUGGCGGAUUACUUGCCGGUGCUAUAACAAGCGGUCUGGAGGGAGCACAUGGCAUCCGUGGGUGGAGAUGGCUCUUCAUCGUGGAGGGUAUUGCCACCAUCGGAUGGGCCGGAAUUUCAUCCCUCAUCUUGCUUGACUUUCCUUCAACCUCUAAGAGAUUGUCGGAACGGGAGCGGCAAAUCGCUGUUGCUCGGUUACAGGAGGACAACGUCACCGUCCGUGAUGAAGCCGAAAAGUUGGGCAAGGGAAAGUCAUUCCUCUUGGCACUUCGAGACUGGAGAACAUGGGGAUUCAUCUUUGGCUAUAUGGUCAUCGUUGGUUCUUCCACCUUGUCGUACUUUUACCCUACUCUUGUCCAUGGCCUCGGCUUCACAUCAACCGUUCAAGCGCAAUACAUGACAGUUCCCAUUUAUGCGUUUGCCUUUGUCUGCACUGCUAUCACCGGCUACUUUGGUGACAAAAUCCCAGACCAUCGUGGGUUAGUCAUUGCCGCGUGGCUCGCAUUUAGUAUGGUCACGUCAAUCAUUGUCUGUGUGGUGUAUAACUUUACCGCACGCUACGUUCUACUUGUUCUUAUGGCAGCUGGACUAUGGGCCUCUAACGCCAUGUCACUGUCCUUUGCCAGCUCGACCUUUGGAAGCAUGGACACAGAGGUGCGUGCCAUUGCGCUGGCACUAAUGAACGCUCUUGGAAACCUGGCACAGAUCUACGGGGCGUAUUUAUUCCCAACCGACGAUGCGCCAAAGUACCUUAUGGGAUUCGGUGUUAUUUCUGGCAUGUUGGGUUUUGGAACCGUUGUCUACGUGGUUAUGCAUAUCUUGGUUAGACGCUGGAAGCCAUGA